UAAUACAUAUUUGACUCACUACAGACCCGGUGGAGUCACACUCCAGCUUGGCGUUCAGGGUGGUUCAGACGCUCCCAUCGUUUCUUUUGUUCGUAGUCUGUGCGGAGACCCCCAGACACUAAGCAGCCAUGGAUGCCAUCAAGAAAAAGAUGCAGAUGCUCAAGCUCGACAAGGAGAAUGCCUUGGAUAGAGCUGAGCAGGCCGAGUCAGACAAGAAAGCAUCAGAGGACAGAAGCAAACAGCUUGAGGAUGACCUGGUGGCACUGCAGAAGAAACUGAAGGCAACUGAAGAUGAGUUGGACAAGUACUCUGAGGCCUUGAAGGAUGCCCAGGAGAAACUUGAGCUCGCAGAGAAGAAAGCCACAGAUGCUGAGGGAGAUGUAGCCUCCUUGAACAGACGUAUUCAGCUGGUUGAGGAGGAGUUGGACCGUGCUCAGGAGCGUCUGGCCACAGCUCUUACCAAGCUGGAGGAGGCUGAGAAGGCUGCUGAUGAGAGUGAAAGAGGCAUGAAAGUCAUUGAGAACAGGGCAAUGAAGGAUGAAGAGAAGAUGGAACUGCAGGAGAUCCAGCUGAAAGAGGCCAAACACAUCGCUGAGGAGGCUGACCGUAAAUACGAGGAGGUUGCCCGUAAGCUGGUGAUCAUUGAGAGCGACUUGGAACGUACAGAGGAGCGUGCUGAGCUGUCUGAAGGCAAAUGCUCUGAACUUGAGGAGGAGCUGAAAACUGUGCAGAACAACCUGAAGUCUCUGGAGGCUCAGGCAGAGAAGUACUCGCAGAAGGAAGACAAGUAUGAGGAGGAGAUCAAGGUUCUUACAGACAAGCUCAAGGAGGCUGAGACCCGUGCUGAGUUUGCUGAGAGAUCAGUCGCCAAGCUUGAGAAGACCAUUGAUGACCUUGAGGAUGAGCUGUAUUCCCAGAAGCUGAAGUACAAGGCCAUCAGCGAGGAGCUGGACCAUGCCCUCAACGACAUGACAUCCAUCUAAAUGCUUUCACCUUUCACGUCAGAAGCUGGUUGUGUGUCGUCAUUUCACUCCCGGGCAGCGCGGCCCAUUUUUCGAUGUCCUUCGUGUCUGUAUUUCUUUACCGCCCUGCCACUCCUGCACAUUGGGCCGUCGCUGCCAGCACACACUGCUCCAUCACUCGUUCAGACUUUUGGGCCCUUCUGCUUUCUGUAAAAUAAACUUUAUUCCAUCUGUGUCAGCCCUUC